AUGAGUACCAUAAUCACCGAUGUGGACUUCAACGAAACUAAAGCAAAGGAAAUUAAUAUCUGCGCUUGGGUUUUCACGGGGAUCGCGAUUGGAACUGUCUCUCUAAAACUUACAACUCGGGCACAAGUGAAGAAGCUGGGUUGGGAUGACUUUUUUAUUUUCCUUUCGCUGGCUUUGAGCAUUAUUGCUGCCGCAUUUGUUUCAUACUCUGUUACAUUGGGACUGGGGCGUCAUACUGCUGCUGUCGUUGCAGAACACGGACAAGAAAGGCUAGCAUUGACGGCUUAUUGGCAGAUUUUGGGAUACCCGUUUAACAUCGGAUCCUUCAGCUUCCCAAACAUCUCAAUCGCAAUCCUAAUUAGCAAUCUUCUUGAUCGAAACCCGCGGCGAACAGGAUGUCUUUACGCAAUGACAAUUCUUCAAGUGGUACUCGCUCUGAUCUCCAUUUUCGUCAUCUUUUUCCAAUGCACGCCCACAGCCGCCCUCUGGGAUCCUUCUGUGAAAGGAACAUGUUGGAGCACAAAAGUCUUCAAUGACUACUCAUACUGGGUCAGCGCAUAUACGACUGUUACAGAUAUCGUGCUGGCUGUUGUUCCUAUUCGGGCUUUUUGGAAUCUGCAGAUGCGGUUCUCGACCAAGUUAGGAAUUUGUAUCAUGAUGGGGCUGACUUUGCUCUCCGCCAUUGUCACGGUUGUCAAGGCGACUUAUUUGCAUCUCUUCACUGAUCGCACAGAUCCUUUGUUCAAUGUUGUUCCGCUAGUACUUUGGGGACUUGUCGAACAAAAUGUCGUCAUUGUCGCUGCCUGUAUUCCCACGCUCCGUCCGUUCUUCCGCAAGACAUUUGAGUCAAAGGUCCCUCAUUCGGGAACUGGAAACUCAAACUCAGGGUUAGGAUUCAAACUUUCCUCCCACCCUUCGCACAGCGCCGCCAAACCCAUUAGUGCGGAAUCGGAAAUUCCGUUUGGAAGGCCAAAGCAACAGGCAUUCGAUGCCGAGAGCAAUGAUAGUCAGCAGGGUAUCUGGCAAACACAAGAGAUAUCCGUGGAGAGUGAUGAAGAGACAGAUUUGGAGGGUGGUCGACGAAGAAAGUACCAGGAAGUGGUACCCGCUAACCUGCGCGGUGGUAAAUAG